GUUAAGUCAAUGUGCAGAUCCUUUCUUGCCGUCGAUUCUUCGCAUCGGUUGUCCGCAAUGGCAGCGAACAACUAUUUCGGAUUCGCCGCAGGAAAUGCACAGUAUGGUGCUGCCGGCACCUACCCAGCUACCGCCAGCCAGACAGGCUACACCAUGCAGCACGCCGCUGCAGCAGCAGCCACUCCCCAGCAGUUUGGUGCUCGUGCAGCUCCCACGUACAGUGCCUACGACACCCACAAUGCAGCUGCAGCCGCAGCUGCAACUGCAGCCGCUGCUGCCUUUCACUAUGCCCCAAGGCAGCAGGCCACAUAUGAGAAGAGCAGCCAGGGGGGCUACUACGGCCAGGGCCAAGUGAGCACGGCGUACGGCAACGCGGCUGCCACCACUGGCGCAGCCGAGAGCGUGAGCUCUAGCUACGCGGCCCAACCAACAGCCAAGAGCAGCUUUGCCUCGGCCUACAGGGCACCUCCCUCGGGUCCCAAGAGCAACACUGGCCAAGCACCACAGCAGCAGCAGCAACAGCAGCAAGGCAGCGGGGGCAGUGGUGCAUCUGCUGCCACAUAUCUCUAUUCUGGCUACUCAAGUUCCUAUGGAGGCGUGCAAAACUCUGGGUAUCAUGGAAACCAAAACAGCAGUGGGGGUGGGGGUGGAGCCAAGAUGUCGUGGAACAGCGGCAACGUCAGCACUGGUGGUGGGGCUGGCGGUGGGGGUGGUGGUGCCAUGGGCUCUGGAGGGCCUGGGCCCUACAAGCGGCCUGGUCCCUUCCAGAACAAAAUCAACAAGCCCAAGCCACCGCCAAAGCCCCCGCAGUUGCACUACUGUGAGGUGUGCAAGAUAUCUUGUGCGGGUCCCCAGACCUACAAGGAGCACUUGGAAGGUCAGAAGCACAAGAAAAAAGAGGCAGCGCUCAAGAGCAAUGGGACGGCAGGAACACCGCCACUGCCUCGGGGAGGCACAGCCCUGCGUUGCGAGCUCUGUGAUGUGACAUGCACAGGCUCGGAUGCCUAUGCUGCUCACAUUCGAGGUGCCAAGCACCAAAAGGUGGUAAAGCUGCACACAAAGUUGGGCAAGCCGAUUCCUUCAACAGAGCCUGUUGUGAUAGCUGCGACAGGCACCACCACCACAACAAAGCCAUCUACAACAGCCACCACCACCACCACUGCUUCGUCACAGGGUGCUGCGGACAAUGCUGCAAAGGCAGCUGUGGAAUCUGAAAGGGCUGCUGCAGCUGAGGACAGUUCUCUAGAUGCUCUCAAGGACGAGAAAGGCGCAGAGCCUGUUGGUCAGGACUACAUUGAGGAGAUGCGCAAUGACGAAGGCAAGGUGAUCAGCUUCCAGUGCAAGUUGUGUGAGUGCCGUUUUAAUGACCCCAAUGCCAAGGAAAUGCACAUGAAAGGUCGCCGACAUCGUCUCCAGUAUAAGAAAAAAGUGAACCCUGACCUUGUCGUCGACAUAAAGCCAAGCCUUCGUCAGCGGAAGUUGCAAGAGGAGCGCUUUCGACGACAACUGAAGGAGGACUUCUGGAAACACGAGGAGGAUCGGUGGAGAGCAGAGAUGAGGAUGGUGGAAGAAGAGGAGCGGCUCUACUGGGAGCGGCAGCGCUACGAAGACGAAAUGGACCGCUGCCGCUUCUUUGGCCGAGGCCCAGGACCUAUGGGGCCCAUGCCGCCGUGGGGACCGCCCAUGAUGGGGCCCCCAGGACCCAUGCCAAUGCCCCGCCGCCCAGACUCCGUGGAUGAUCGCCACGUGAUGGCUAAGCACUCCAUGAUUUACCCCAAGGAGGAGGACCUCGGACAGGUUCAACGCAUGGUCACAAACACAGAGAAGGCUCUGAAGUUGGUUUCAGACUCCCUUGCCGAGGUAGCUGAGCCGAAGCCUGAGGCCGAAAAGCCAGCUGACGAUGCCAAGAAGACCGAAGAAGGGAAGAAGGAAGAGCAACCGCAGCGCCUGCUGAAGGGUGUCAUGCGUGUCGGCGUGUUGGCCAAGGGCCUUUUGCUGGCAGGAGACCUGACUGUGGGCCUGGUGGUCAUGUGUUCUGAGAAGCCUGGCCGCACUCUGCUCGCACGAGUGGCUGCUUUGCUGCCCAAGCAUCUUGCUACCGUUUCCCCUGAUGACAAGUAUGAGGUGCGGGCCAGCCCUCAGGACGCAGCUGUGUCGGUGACAAACAAUUCUGAUCCCAAGGUUACGGUUUGGGUAACCCUCACAUCGCCUGUUGUGCGGGAUGGAGAAGCCAGUAACGCCAGUGUAAAAGACCCGCCGGAUGUUCUGGACAGGCAGAAAUGCCUGGAUGCUCUAGCCGCCUUGCGCCAUGCCAAGUGGUUCCAGGCUAGGGCAAGUGGUCUGCAGUCAUGUGUCAUGGUCAUCCGAAUCCUGAGGGACCUCUGUAACCGUGUGCCCACAUGGAGCACUCUCAACUCUUGGGCCCUAGAGCUCCUGGUGGAAAAGGUACUGAGCAGUGCCAGCCAGCCAUUGGCACCCGGUGAUGCACUACGCCGUAUCCUGGAAGCUGUGGCCGGCGGCAUUCUGCUACCUGGGAGCCCUGGACUGGUGGACCCGUGUGAACGAGAGCCUGUGGACGCCCUAGCUGGGCUCACUGACCAAGCCCGAGAGGACAUAACAGCUAGCGCGCAGCAUGCCCUGCGCCUGGUAGCCUUUCGCCAGAUUCACAAAGUUCUGGGCAUGGAUCCCCUGCCACCACCCAAGUUUGCCCGCAACCUGCUGAACCGCAAGCGCAGGCGUGAUGGCGAAGCUGCCGACCAUGAAGGUGCUGAUGGCAAGAAGGACAAGAAGGAUGAAGCGACACCAGUGGCGACAGGAGCAGCAGCAGCAGCUGGAUCCAAAAGUGAAACACCAGCAGCCAAGGCCUGAUAGCGAAGCAUCAGCAGCAGCAGUGGGCAGCUCCUUCCCGAGUAAAGGCAGCUCGGGGGAGGAGAGCGACCAUUGGUGCCCAAUUUGCACGUCACUAGCACAGUAUUUAACAACCCCCUGCCCAGGAAACCCCAUCACUGCUAGUGGAAUAAUGCCUGUAGCACUUUCUUAAGCCUUCCAUCUUUUUCUGGUGUCUUGUGUGCUCCUCUUCCCAGGACAGUGGGCAAAACUUUUGAACAGACAAGUGAGGCCAGCAGAACUGCCCAUUCCGACCUGCCUCCCCCAGCCCCUUCCCCUCCAUUUUUCUCUCCCUUCUUUCUUUGUCAGCGACAUAUUUUUGUUAGCACUUGAAAUUCUGUAGCUCUCAAAAUUGACAGCAGUGCUGUCCUCCUUUCCUCUUGAGUGUGCAAAUCUGCAGCGCAUCUGUUUUGUUCAUAUUGCUUUGCUUGACUUGUUUUCAUUGUGAUGGACGCUUUUCUCCCAUGAUCCCCAUUUUGCCUUUCAUUUGUGGCAGGUUUUGUUUUAAGGUGGAAAUAAAAAAAAAGCUGCCUUGACAGAAAACAAAUGUUUAGUCAAAAAAGAGAACAGAUUGUGGCCGUUUGAGUUUGGCAGUGAUGGAUGGUGUGUUGGACAAGUUUGUGCUGGGCACGAAUAAAGAUUUGCCGUUGUGGA